GUCAAAGUACAUGGACCCCUGCCCUCGGCUUGCGGCAUGUCAUCCAGUGCCCGCGGUAUACUACCGUGUAGUGUCUUGAGCCUGUUCCACUCUGGGCCAGAAACAUGAGCAUCCUGCAAGUACCUGGCUACCGACUUCGCCAUUGUGGAGAUGGGGCCUGGCCCGGCAAGCUGAGCAUGGACUGUGCCGUCUGUACAGGAGCAUAUAUCAAUCCUACUUGUCCUGUGCUCCAGAAGUGUGGUGACGCUCCGUCCAGGCUCUCAACUUUGUACAUCCAACAAAGACCACCAUCGCGAUCUCAGGGUCUUUGAAGUCAACAUUGAUCCUUAACCUGCAUACAUCGUCGGAGCACACCACAGUCCUCCGACGAUACACCAUUCACCAUGAGGUUUCCACCAGCAGAGGUCCGCGCACACUGGCCCAAGCCGAACUAUGUCAACCCCGUCGUCCGAGGACCCGGGCUCCUGAUUGUUGAGUUGACCCUGGUCCCCAUCGCUCUCAUCUGCGUUAUCCUGCGGCUCUGGAUUCGGAUCGGAUGGCUUCACAAGAGUUGGUGGGACGACUACCUGAUGGUGGCUGCUAUGAUAUUCUCAUGUCUUACAACGGCACUGGUCAUCAUGGCCGUCCAGAUGUACGGAUGGAACCUUCAUGUUUGGGAUGCCGCCAUUCCGUUGUUGCAGAAUGGUCGAAAGGCGUCGAUGGCCGGUCAAACCCUCUUCGUUCUCGCUUCGAGCUUCGUCAAGAUGUCCAUUCUAGUCUCGUAUUUCCGUGUUGCACCAAACAAGUCGACGUUCCGCAAGCUUGUGUGGGUCACUUUGGGCAUCGUGGUGGCAGCCUUCUUGACCUUCCUCAUCGCCCUCUGGUUGCAGUGCAUACCGAUUUCCAGCUACUGGAAUCUGCUCGCUGGUGAUGGUGACUGCAUCCCCGAAGGCCCACCCCUGGUCACCCAGACCGUGGUCAACGUCGUGACAGACUUCAUGAUAUACGCCCUUCCUAUCCCGACCCUAUUCAGCCUGUCGCUCCCCAUGAUACAGCGCAUCGGUCUUGUUGUCCUCUUCUCCGUCGGGGGCGUCAUCGUCGUGGCGGGCAGCUUCCGCGCCUACUGGGUUCACUACGUCCUGUACGAGACAUACGAUGCGACAUGGUACGGAUACGAGAUCUGGCUGUGGACUGCCAUCGAGACAAACGUCGGCGUUGUGUGCGGAUGUAUUCCAGCACUCAAGCCCCUGCUAUUCCCUUCGAGAGCCCGCGCUACAGGCUCGAAAUACGCAAAUGGCUCGACUCACAGCCGCAGGAAGGAGAAGGUGACGCCGGUGCUCGACCAAGUCGAGAUGGACACGCGCAAGCUGACCCAGACCGAUUCGAGACCCGACACUGCUACCGCACACGUGCAAAUCAGCCAUGGCUUUCGACCGAUGAGCGGUGCGACGGACAAGAGUCGCUUCGACUACGACAUAGAGCAACAGAAGACGUACAUGUUAUGAUCGUUCGCUCGCUCCUUCUGUUUUUCCUCUCUUACUAAUUUGCGCCUAUGCUGCGCCGACUGUAAAUAGUAGAUCUCGCCCGGAUCACUCCCACUCACUGGGUCCCUUUACCUCUUCGCCUCUUCGUGAAAAGUCAGUCACGCUGGUCGGUCAUUUGGGAGGAAACUUUGGUUUUGCGGUCACGAUAUCCCCUCAUACGGUGUUAGCGAAGGUGUUUGGCGAAGUAAAUCAAUUCAAAUCAUGUCGA